CUGGGGUAGAGCGGUUGCGGGGUGGGGGGCGAUGGGAAGGGGGCUGAGGCGGAAGCCGUACAGCCAAGCCGGGCGGACGGCGGCCCUGGGCAGCAUGGCUGCGCAUGGCUGCAGCCUCCUCUGGGCUGGGGCCAGGGCCAGUGCUGGCCCAUGCUAGGAAGCAGACCCAACUUCACUUUUCAGGCAAAGUGGGCUUGUCCUAACUGAAGGGACGCGAGGUGGGAGCAGAUGUUUAAUCCCAGAGGUCCUCAUCUUCUUGUGCACUCCAGCUGUUUUCUGCAUUCUCCCUCUGUGGCAUUUGUCCAACUAAUGGAGUCUCAUUUAAACCGAACUUGUAUUAAAGACUCUGAAAGCCAGCAGUUCCUUUACUGCACCUACCAGUGCACUGGACUACCUCAGUUACGAACUAAUGCAGUGCAGACAUUUCACACAUCUGCUUACUGGCAUCGAGAACUUCAAGAGAAACCUCAGUAUAACCAACGGACUGCAAACCAGAGCGUUGAGCAUGCUAAAACUGUAUCUGACAAGGGCAUAGAGACUGCUGCGGGGAAAAAAUCCAUGAGCCAAAGAAUUAUGGAGGAGCUGAAACACUAUUACAAUGGAUUCCACUUGCUUUGGAUUGAUACAAAAGUUGCUGCCAGGAUGGUAUGGAGACUGCUACAUGGGCAGGUUCUCACUAGGAGAGAGAGGCGAAGGCUGCUGAGAACCUGUGCUGAUCUCUUCCGGUUGGUCCCCUUUUUGGUCUUCAUCAUUGUUCCCUUCAUGGAGUUCCUGUUACCUGUAUUCCUGAAAGUCUUCCCAGAAAUGCUGCCAUCAACAUUUGAGACACAAUCUAAAAAGGAAGAAAAACAGAGGAAGAAAUUAAGCGCAAAGUUAGAGCUGGCAAAAUUCCUGCAGGAGACCAUUGCAGAGAUGGCAAGAAGGAACAAAGCAGACACGGGAGAGGCCACCAAACAGUUCUCCUCCUAUGUACAGCAGGUUCGUCAUACUGGCCACCAGCCCAGUACUCAGGAGAUUGUGCGCUUCUCCAAGCUUUUUGAGGAUGAGCUGACCCUUGAGCAUUUGGAACGGCCCCAGUUGGUAGUCCUCUGCAAACUGCUUGAACUGCAACCCAUUGGCACCAAUAACCUACUCCGCUUCCAGCUUCUGAUGCAGCUGAGGACUAUAAAAGCAGAUGAUAAGAUGAUCGCCAAGGAAGGCGUUAAUGGCCUAAGUGUGUCUGAACUGCAGAGUGCAUGUAGGGCCAGAGGAAUGAGGUCGUUGGGUCUCUCAGAGGAACAGCUCAAAGAACAACUCAGACAGUGGCUGGAUCUUCAUCUAAAGGAGAGUGUUCCCCCCUCCCUGCUCCUACUUUCUCGUGCCUUGUACUUGAUUGACGUAAAGCCAAAGCCCGUUCCAGUGCCACUGGUGGAGGCUCAGAGGAGUGAGGCUGCUGCAGGGAGCUCGGUCCCCCAAGAGGUCUUGGUGGAUUCUGCGCCUGUGAUACAGGGAUUGAAGGACGAAGAAAUGAUAUUGCAGCCGUCAGAGAAGUUGCCUGUCCCUGAAGUAUCAGUCAAGCCCCAUCCAGGAGAGAUGAAAAUGGAAGCAUCUCAGAGCAGCAAGGCCAGUGCCAAUGGAGUCUGAGCCCCUGCUGAGCUGGACAGUGGCUUAGGACACAGAGAUGGGAAAGCUCUACACCUCCAUACCUUGACCAGAGUAACUGGAUCAGCAGUUUCUCCACAGGUCCUUUCCAUGCCAAGGCUUCAGCAGCCCCCAGGGGGCCUUUUGCAUCUAUUCCAGGUUGUUUUAUUAGCAACUCGACUGCGCAAAGGACCCACCUGUCCCACGCCAGCCUUUCCUUGAAUAUUACCAUCUCCCUACACUAAUUUAUGUUGUAAAUAUGUAAAUACUGUCUCUUACAGCCAGAGCUGUCCCCUUCCCCCCUGGCUCUGUGCAGGUGGGACUUGUGCUCUUACACUUUAAUAUGACAGCGCUUUAUUUUUUCCUUAAAGUCUGGCCAGCGGCAGUGAGCAGGCUUGGUGCUUCCCUUCCCUCUUCCACGUUGCAAAAUCAUGGGGCUUGACUCUCAUUC